GAUGCUUACGGAGCACGGAUGAGCGUGCAGGUGUCGGAUAUUGUGCUCGUGUCAAGUGGAUCGGGUGGUUGAAGUCUUACGAAAUGGCAGACUGACCGGCUAACAAAUACAAGGGUUAAAAACUGGAUUUAUUUUACUACAACCACAAUCUUCUGGAGACAACUACAUCCAUUCCGUGAAAAUCCACAACGCAGAUCUGAAACGACGACACCUCCUCCUGGGGGAGACUCAUCGUGUUACGGACAGUUCCACCUAACUCCUACGAGAAGCUCCGCCCACCUAAAGCCAAGAUGGCCGCCGACGCGCCCUUUAGGACGGAACAGGAAGAGCUUCAGAAAAGAGCCAAUCAGGUCACAGAUGAGUCUCUGGAAAGCACCAGACGCAUGAUGCAGCUGGUGGAGGAGAGUAAAGAUGCUGGGAUCCGGGCUCUGGUGAUGCUGGAUGAACAAGGAGAGCAACUAGAGCGGAUUGAAGAGGGCCUGGACCAGAUCAACUCAGACAUGAAGGAAGCGGAGAAGAACCUGACAGAUCUGGGAAAGUGCUGUGGGCUCUGCUCCUGUGAUAAGCUGAAGAACUUUGAGGAGAGCGAGGCGUAUAAGAAAGUUUGGGGGACCAGCCAGGAUGGAGUGGUGUCCAGCCAGCCGUCCUCUCGCGUGCUGGAUGAGAGAGAGCAGAUGAUCAUGAGUGGAGGGCACAUCCGCAGGGUGACUGAUGACGCGCGGGAGGAUGAGAUGGAGGAGAACCUGGGUCAUGUCGGCAGCAUCAUUGGAAACUUGAAGAGCAUGGCGCUGGACAUGGGCAACGAGAUCGACACUCAGAACGUCCAGAUUGACCGUAUACAGGGCAAGGCCAUCAACAACGUUGCCCGUAUCGAUGCGGCCAAUCAGAAAGCCAACAAUUUGAUGAAGAGAUAGAGAUGCAGUCCCCCCCUUGUCCAUCUUGUGCUUGCUCCCUCUGUGCCAAUGGAUGACUCAUCAAAACAACCAGUACACUGCCAAACGACCCUGUAUUCACCACCGUUAGGUCAGCUAGGCCCAAACAUGGGAAGUAGGCAACACAAUUAAUACACAAGGAUGUGGUCGUUAUAGUAAACUCCUUACUUGAUAACUCAAAUAUAAAGCGUUUUCAAUCUGUGGACAGGUAACAUUUCAAGGGGUUACAUCCAACAUGACCAGUUUUACAGAAAAUAGGUUUUACAGCUUUGUAGUUGCAAUUAGGACACACAGCUAACCAGGGUCGGACUGGCCGUUUGGAGAUUUCCCUAACGGCCAGUCAAACGGCCGCUGCAUAAUGCAAAAAAUAAUAAUACACGGCCGUGGGGCCGGUCUGCGUUUCAAAGUCCCAGGCCGUGCUUCAGUCCCAGUCCUGACCUGCAGCUAAACUCACGGCCACAGACAUCGCAGACACAAGGAAGCAGCACACUCUCUACUGCUACCUGUUGGUCAGACGUAUGUUUGUCACACUUUCUCAAGGCUGCGAUGGUAGAGGUAGUAUGUUUGGAUCCUUCCAGAAGACUGAAAUUGGGGCAGCAGCAGUUAUUGUACACUUUCGAAACUCAGUUUCUCAAAUGGUUCACUGAAUGCCAUUCAGUGCUUUUUAAAAUCACGUUGGUUUGUCACGGGACUCAUCUAUGGUCAGGAGCAUUACCUGCUCUGCUCUGUCUUUAGCGUAGGACUAAACUGUUGAAAAUGUGGUGUACUGUUUUAUACAACAACUCCAAAGACAAAAAAAUUAUAACAAUCAUGUAAAUAAUAUCUAUGUUUGAGUUUAAGCUGGUCGCUGGUAUUGUCUCAGUUCAUCAGCCUAUUGUAUAUCUUCAUUCUGUAUUGUAUAUUCUCAUGUUGUGUCUGACUCCAUAGAAGAAGGCUUAUAAGCCCUAGAUCCUCAUUAGAUGUGCCACAUGGUAAACAAUACCAUGUCCUAUUCACUGUACCGAGAUUGAGGCCAUGUAUUGAUGAAGUAGAUGAACUAAGAUGUGCAUUGUUAAACUGAGUUUACUUUAAACUAUUGUUGUAAAACACUUAUUGUCUAUAACAUUUCCACCGUUCUGGUGACAAUAACCAAGUUCUCUGAUUGUAACGAAGGGUUAAGAAUUCAGGUCAUGACUCAAGAGCCAACCUCCUUUGACCACCACCGGACAAGGAUAUUUUAUGACGACCAUCUUCUUCUCUGGGUUUUAUUGGCAGUUGACAUCCCUCAUGUUGCAUUACUACCAUCUGCUGGUUUAGUUAUAUCCCGCUCAGUCCAUAUUUUCAGAUUCUGAUUAUCUGUUUGAAAGACAAGGGGGGCGUGCCUCCGUGGAACGGUCAUUUAUUUGCUUGGUUGCUGAUUAGCUUACGUCUAAAUUUGUUUGAGUAGUUAGAAUAUUUACCAGAGAUGGAGAAAGCCGGAGAAUGUUUACCAGAGAUGGAGAAAGCCGGAACAGCAACAUUUCCUUGCUACACUGAGCCGGCUAUGCGAGGCCCAAGAUGGACGCGGUGGCUAACAUCUUUCGAGUUGUAUGCCGAUGGUAGUGAUGUGUCGUUCGUGAACGAUUCGUUCAUUUUGAACGAAUCCUUAUAAGGACUCGGGAGUAACGAGUC